AUGACGUUAUUCCCGCGCGCCUCCCCCCUCAUCCUCUCACGCAUAACCCUCAUCGCCCUCCUCGCGCGCAUCGCCCUCCUCCGCCCCGCGGAAGCCGACACCGAGCUGCCGCCGAACCCCGAAGGGUGCGUCAUGAAGAUGACGGACAGCGACCAGGAAGCCAUGCGCGCGGUCUACGCGGCGCUGCCCCGGCGGAUGUUCUUCUGGCACGACAGCGUAUCGCCGAGCGAGCUGUUCGACAGGGGCGGCAACCUCACCUACAAGUGUUGCGUCACGCCCAGACCCCCGUCGUGCCACCUCUGGUGCCCCAUCGAGUGCACGCCCGCCGGCCGCAUCACCGGCAUCUACUCCGAACCCAGUCUCUAUGACAUGCCCGGGCCCGCCGGGAUACAUGGAGGGAGCUGUCCGCCCGGCGCGCUGUCGCCCGCCAUUGGCGACCUCGCGGAGCUCUCCUCGCUGAAGUUGCGCCACUCGUGCCUCGCCGGCGACCUGCCGGAUUCCGUCACGCGCCUCCAGAAGCUGACGGAACUCGACAUGCCCGAUAACAGCUUCUCCGGCCCCAUCACGCCCGGGCUCUUCCGCCUGCCCGCACUCCGCCACGUGGAUCUGAGCACCACCAUUGGCGGCGGCCUUUCAGGGCCCCUUCCCGACGGGCCCGACGCGUACUCCCCAUCCCUGGAAACGGUUCGCCUUUCCGCGAACCCCAUCUCAGGAGAGCUUCCGCGCGCGCUUUUCCGCGCGCCUGCGCUGCGCGAGUUGCGCCUCGAGGCCAACAACCUCACGGGGGAGCUCCCGGGGGAAGCGGGGGCGUACUCGCGGAGCAUCGUCGAGCUCUCCCUGCGCAGCAACGGCCUGACCGGCGGCAUUCCGACCGCGCUGGCGGAGAUGACGGCGCUGAGGGAGCUCGACCUGGGGGACAACGGCCUGUCCGGGUCCAUCCCACCCGCCAUCGCCACUCUCUCGCCGCUCACACGCCUCGCGCUCGACCAGAACCGAUUGACCGGCGACAUCGGCGCGCUAGUCCCUGCCGCUGCUGCCUCCGCUACUCCUGACGCUGCUGCGUCUGCUGGUCUCCGCGCGGCGUUCCCCCAGCUCAAAUUUCUGAACGUCAGCAGCAACCAGCUCUCCGGCGACGCCGCCGCGCUCGCGCCUUUCCCGUGGGGCCUGGACCACCUGAACGCGUCGCGCAACAACCUCACGUGCAGCGCCGGCAGCAGCUUCGGUGCGACCGUUGUGGACCUCUCGCACAACCGCAUCGCCGGCGCGUUGGCGGAAGUCAUGCGCAACGUUGGCGCGAGCGUGCUGAUUCUGGCGCACAACGAGCUGUCGGGGAGCGUCCCCGCGGACCUGCUUUCCGCCGUGCGCGACGAGCUCGACCUCUCGCACAACCUGCUCUCCGGCGCGCUCUCCCUCUGCGGCCCCGGCACGCGCAUCGACCUCUCGCACAACCUGCUCUCCGGCACCCUUCCCUCCCUCUGUGGCCCCAGCCACCCGUACAACUGCAGCACGGACAUCGACCUUUCGUACAACAACCUCACGGGCGAGCUCCCGCGCGACGCGGACGCGUACCAGGUCAACAUCGGGUCGCUCUCGCUGCGCGCCAACGACCUGUCCGGCGCGAUUCCGCCCGCGCUGGCGGAGGCGACGCACUGGCUGACGCACCUGGACCUCGGGGAGAACCGCCUGUCGGGCUCGCCCACGGCGCUCGCGUCGCUGCGCCAGCUGGACGUGGUGCGCCUCGACGGCAACGCGCUGAGCGGGCCGUUCUGCGACGCGCUGCUGCCGGCGCGCGAGCUCUAUCUUGGCUUCAACGCCUUUGGCGGCGGCGGCAGCGGCGGCGGUGGGGAGGAGGAGGGGGGCCAGGGGGAGGGCGAUCUGCACGGGUGCGUGAUACCGGCGCAGGUGAAGGUGCUGAGCGCGCCGCACGCGGGGCUGAGAGGGAGCGUUCCCGACGACCUGUUUCUACGAAUGGACGAGCAGAUGGGGCGCGUUGCCUUGGGCUCGCAAACGCAUAGCCUGCACGUGAACCUCAGCCACAACAGCCUCACGGGCAGCCUGAAAGCCUUCUCCGUGAUCCGCAACGGGAGCCUGGACCUGUCGCACAACAAUUUCACGGGCAGCAUUCCGGACGGGUUGUUCCGCCUGGCGAGCACGGGGGGGCUGGAGCGCGGGGCGAGCGGGAGCGCGGAGAGCAGGUGGGGGCUGGAGCGAGAGCGAGUGGUGGUGGACGUGCAGAGCAACGAGCUGUCGGGGCCGCUGUUUGACACGCGCAGGCCCGCCGGCGAGUGGCCGUCCUACUGGAACAAGCUGCGUGUGAGCGGCAACAGCGCUGCCAUGAAGGGCGCCGUGGGCGCGGGGUACCUCCCCGCGCCGUCGCCUGGCGUGCAGGCGUCCGCUGCUGAGACUGCUGCUCUGCUGGCCGUGCGCGAUGCGCUCCUGGGGGGAGCAGCGGGGGGAGCAGGUGGGGCAGCAGAGGCGGUAGCACUGGUAAAUGGCGGAAACAGCUCGUGGGCGGCGAUACUUAGCAGCUGGGAUGCGAGCAGCAGCAGCAGCAGCAGCAGUGCGUGUGAGUGGUACGGCGUGGGGUGCACAGCAGACGGGCACGUGCACACGCUGCACCUGCUGGGGGACGCCACGGUCGCACUGCACCCAAACGUGGUUCCGGACAUGCCUGACUGCGAGCCAGGCCAGCACGGGGAGAUGUCAUGCACCUUCGAGCCCCCGCCGCCUCCCCGCACCGCGUGGUUCUUCCUGCAGGGCCUGCGUGGGGGAAGCGGGAGGGGCAGCGAGAGUGCGAGUGCGAGGGGGAGUCUUUCGGAGGCGUUGGGGCAGCUGACGCACCUCACCUCGCUGCGCAUCUCCGGGCACGCCCUCUCCGGCGGCCUGCCACCGUCCCUCUCACGCCUCUCUCACCUCGUCACUCUCGACCUCUCCUCCAACCGCCACCUCUCAGGCUCCAUCCCCCCCGCCCUCUUCGCCCUCCCCUCGCUGCGAGAGCUCUCCCUCCGCGGGAACAACCUCACGGGAGCAGCCCUCCCAAGCACCACUUCAGCAGCGGCAGCGCUGGCAAUGGCGAGUUUGGAGAGUCUAGACGUGGGGGGGAAUGCUCUGUCGGGGUCCAUAGCAGCGCGGGUGAGUCUUCUGGCGGGGCUGACGCGCCUGGCGCUGGACCACAACCGGCUGGACGGCAGCUUGCCAAGGGAGCUCGGCGCGCUCUGGAUGCUCCGAGACCUGCACCUGCAGGGGAACGCUUUCCAGGGCGGGCUCCUUGACCUCGCCACUGCCAUCGAUGCACCUGCCAGCGCUGCUGCUGCUGCUGCCGCUGUUACAGCGGGAGUUGUGCCGUCGUCCCAACCACGUAAUGGGCGGAGCCUGACCAAAGUGUUCCCACUGCUCGACUCCCUGGACGUGAGCAGCAACCAGCUCUCGGGCGAUGCCAGCGUGCUCUUCGUCCCGUGGAACGAACACUACAGAGAUUACGAGCUCGAGCACCACUCCCCGCGCAUGCGCUACCUGAACGCGUCGCACAACAACCUCACUUCAGAAUCCGUGCUGACCGUGCAAAUGAUUGCAUCCGUGGUGGACCUCUCCCACAACCAGAUCCGCGGAUGGCUGCGUGGCAUAAUUCACAUGGCCUAUUGGCUUAAUGCGAUGGAUGUGCUGCGCCUAUCACACAACCAGCUGUCGGGGUAUGUGCCCAUUUGGCUGCUGAAAGCAGUGGGCGGAGAGCUGGACCUCUCCCACAACCUCCUCACCGGCACGCUGGACGACAUACUUGACACUUAUUUUCGGGAUCAUGCGAUGAUGGAUGUGCUGCGCCUGUCGCACAACCAGCUGUCGGGGAAUGUGACCUCGUAUCUGCUGAGCUCGGUGGGUAGAGAGCUGGACCUCUCCCACAACCUGCUCUCCGGCACGCUGGCGGCGCUGAAUCCCGCAAUGACCGCCAUCAACCUCUCCCACAACAACUUCUCUGGCGCCAUCCCGCCUCUCCAUGGUGCCCUGGAGUCAUGUGACUUGUCGCACAACCAGCUGGAAGGGGCAGUCCCCCCGCUGGGACCGAAAGUGGCGCACGUGAACGUGAGCUGGAAUAGCCUGACUGGGCUCAACGCGUCAGUGCUUCUCCAGGAUGCGAGUGCACUGCGCAGCCUGGACGUGUCCCAUAACGCCAUCACCGGGGAGCUGCCCGCUGUGGGUGAGAGCAGCAGCAGCAGCAGCAGUGGGGUCACGGGCCUCACGUAUCUCGACCUCUCCUUCAACUCCUUCUCCGGCGCCCUUGCACAACACCACCUUCCUUUCCCAACCACAGCCGCAUGCAGUGCUAUGCAGAGCGGUGCGGAGGUGCGGCUGAGCCACAAUGCACUGACUGGGAGCAUCCCGGAUGCUGUCUUCUCCCCAUGCCUCUCCCUGUUGGACCUCUCCCACAACCACCUCUCCGGCCCCAUCCCAGACCCUCUCAAGGCCAACAACCAGAGCGCCUCCCAUCCCGCUCUUUCCCACUUGGACCUCUCGUCCAACCAGCUCACAGGACCCAUCCCCGAUGCUCUCAUUACCAGCCUCACAGGUCUAACUCACCUGAGCCUCUCCCACAACCAGCUCUCUGGCUCCCUCCUGCCUGUGGCUGCCUGCUCUCGCUGCACUCACAUGGAUCUCUCCCACAACCUGCUCACCGGCACGCUGCCGGCGCUAAAUCCCGCAAUGACCACUGUCAAACUCUCCCACAACCAGCUCUCUGGAUCCCUCCUGCCUGUGGCUCCCUGCUCUCGCUGUACUCACGUGGACCUCUCUUACAACCUCCUCUCCGGUGCCAUUCCCCCCCUCCUCGCCUCCUCGACCUCCCCUCUUGCCCACCUCAACCUCCACAGCAACCAGCUCUCGGGUUCACUGCCGCGCUCGCUCACCCUGGCCCCCAUGCUCACCCAUCUGGACCUCUCACGCAACAAGCUCAAAGGCUCCCUGCCUGCCUUCUGCCAGGGCAAGCAGCGCCUUGCCUCUCUCCUCCUCUCCUCCAACGCUUUCUCCGGCCCCCUCUCCUCCCUCCUCCCCUCCUCCUCCUCCUGCGCCUCCUCCCUCCUCUCCCUCAACGUCUCCACCAACCAGCUCUCCGGCUCGCUCCCCUCGUCCCUCUCUCGCUUCACCGCUCUGCACUCCUUGCAGACGGCACGCAACCGCAUGAGCGGCAGCAUCUCUGCAGGGCUGGCGUCCCUGAAGGCCCUGCAGGAGCUAGACGUGUCGUGGAGCGGGCUGUCAGGCACCAUCCCUGCACGCCUGCGUGUUGCUGCCCCCUCCCUGCAAGUGCACCUCGCUGGCAACGCCCUCUCAGGCUCCGUCCCCUCCUCCCUCUCCGACCUGCCAGUUUCCUGCUUCCACCCCGGCAACCCCAAGCUCUGUGGGAAACCCCUGCCGGACUGCAAGAAGAGCUCUACCAAGCCCAGGAAGGGCCGGUGCUUGCUACUUCUGCAGUACCGCAUUCCCCCGUCCAAAGGACCCCUCUCCCCUCCCCCCCCAAAGAAAGAAGGUCCCUCGGGGAUGUUGGGCUGA